AUGGAAGAAGCCAUCACAAGGGUUCGUUUGGUGUUUGAUGAUAAAGAUGCGAUUUUGAGCGAUGCCCAGAAAGCAGAAGGACUUGAGCGAUGUUGGGUUCUCCUUAAACCCCAGCAGCAACAAACCAUCUCCGACCUCACUCAACAUAUCCUCCAGGCUUUUCACCUUCAACCCACUUGUCCUCAUGGCCUCCUUCUCUAUAUGGAUGGCUUCGUGUUGCCUUGGUUCGAAUCAACUACCAUUUUGAAGGAUAAAGAUGUCAUCAGUGUGAGGAAGAAAGAGAUCACAUAUUCUCUCGAAGGAAACAAUGGUUCCGGCUUAAUUGCGGGGUCAGGAGCUAUCCAGAAUCAUAAUGCACAAACCAGAACAUUACUUUUAGCUAACAAUGAGCUUGAAAAAGAAACCGGAGGUUAUCAAAGUGAUGAACCUGAAGAUGAGUCCGAAGAGGUGGAUGAGGAUGAGCAAGAGGAUUUGGUGGAUGAACUGGAAGAGGGAGAAAUGGAAAAUUAUUCCCAAACAAAUGCAAACUCAAAGAAAAGAAAAGCUGGGCAGGAUCUUCAAGCAACAAGAGUUAAGAAACAUCGCUCUGGAGUUGAGGGAAAUUUUGAAAAUGAUCUGCCGACAAAGCAGGCUGAGAAUACUGACCAAGAAGGGAUCCUUGUCGGGAAUGAAAGUGCACAAAAGGAGAAAAAAGGAUCUAAGCUCAAGAGAAAGAAUGGCCAAAAGAAUACUAAAGCAGGUGAUGGAAGCUUGGUUGCCUCUCCAGUUAAGCCGAGCUCUGACCAAGCUCCACAAAGUGAAGAACCUAAUGAAGCAGCUGGAGAAAAAGAAAAGCGUGCAAGCAGAAGUGCACGGCGGAAAAAAGCUAAGAGGCAAUGGAUACGUGAGAUGGCAAAAAUUCAGAAAAAGAGCAGCGAUUCUAAAACCAAGGAAACUAAGAGUUGGAAACAAAAAUCUGGCAGAGCUGAUGUAAAGAAGAACAAUUGGAAACAAAAAUCGGCUCAAGUCAAUGACAAAGAAGAUGAUGGCCAACCAAAGGGUCUAUUAUAUUGGAAGCAGUCAUCCCAAAGGGAUACACAUAAAGAUAAGAAAGCUUAUAGAGAUACAAGUCAAAAUGGUACUCUAUCUAAUCAAUCCCAUAAAACUACAGAUGUAGAUGAUGAAGUUGUUCCAGUUCUAGUAAGGCCAGGGCAUAUCCGCUUUGAACCUCGAGAGAAAGAAGAUGAUGUGAUGCAGAAUCAAACCCUGAGGUGUGCAAUCAAGUCCCUGAGGUGCCUCGCCACUGGAAUGGAAUCAACAGCAAAAGAAAGGGCCAAAAGUGGGGCACUGAAAGAAAUUCAUUUUCUCGGCGAAGUUGGUGAUGUGAUUGCUUACCGUCUUCUUGAAUUGUCCUCAAGCUGGACCCCUGAGGUUUCAGCCUUUCGGGUUGGGCAUGUGUCAUGGUGUGAUGAUAAAUCUGGUAAGCUAGUUCUGAUGCAAAUUCCUGGGCAUCCAAUUGUUUCAAAGAACUCAGAUGAAGAAGAACCUGAUGCACAGCAAGAUUCCCUAUACAAAGAAGACGGAUCUUUGGAGGUUGACUUUCGGACUCUUAUUGAUGUUCGUAUUAUCAAAGAUAGCAAUGAAGGCUCGGCUAAAGGAGUUACUGUUGAGGUGAAUGAAGAUCUGGCUGACGCUAGUAAUGCUAUGCCUGCUAGUAAUAAGAAAGAAACACAUGCCUCUACCAUAGGAACCGAACUGGCAAAUGGCGAUAAACAAACAAACGGUUCAGAGAAUGGGAAGGGAGCAACAGACAUAUGGGAUCAGUUAAGCAAAGAACUGAGUGCUAAGAAGGAACAACUGUCAGCCGUGAAGACAUGGGAAAGUCCGAGUUCUGGUGGAAAGGGAUCCCCCUGGUUAAGGCGUAGUGCACUUGGCCCUACCAUGGCUUACUUGAGAUCAAAAAACCAAUUAUGA